GCCCCGCCGGCUGCGCCCAACAGGUGCCGGCGCGGACCGAACGGGUGCUGCGAGGCGCCCGCAGACAGGCCCACCGGCACGGCCCCAGGAAUGCAGCCGGGACGCCCCUGGUUUCCUUUCGCAGGGCGCCCCGACCCUAAAUAGGGGCGGGAGUCAGGGGAGGGGCCGCAGAAGCGAAAGGCCGGAGAGGCCGCUGGCCCUGCCCCUCCUCCUCCUGCGCUGCGGACGGGCCUCCAUAUUAACUUCCCAGGGGACCCCCGCCCCAGAGGACAGCGCGGGUACCCAGGGCUGGCGCUUUCAGUGUAAGGAAGGGAAACUGAAUUCUAAGAUUUCCUCCAGUUUGCAGCUGUCUGCAACGAGGUGGAGGAAGAAAACCAGUGACCAGCGACGACCAGCGCAGUGACGGUGCUUGCACAAACACCGUCCUGUGUGUCCUGCGACUCUCGGGAGAGCUGUGCUGAAAGCCCCCCUCCGAGGCCCUGCUGUGACCCCUCCGUACUAGCUGGGCAGCACGCCUUCCUGUCGGGCUCUCGUGGGCGUUCUGUCUGUGGACACGCGCAGUAGUCAAGGGGUUGGCAUUCCCUCCUUGGCUUUUCUAGACGUGGACUCCAGCAAAACAGCCUGGCAGCCCAGAGCUCCGGGUAGCACAGUCACCUUUCUACCAGAAAGGUCAAGGAGACGCCCCAAUCCACGUGCAACCGGUGCCCAGACCGCUUCUGGGCUUCAUGCAGCGAAGACCCGGCGUUCUUGGAGGAUGUCUGACAUCCUCCAAGUGACGAAGUCCUAUCAGCAGGGCCUGUCCUCGUUCCACGGGUGGGACAGGAGUCAAAAAGCUAAACUUUAGAAAUGGAAGGCUUUAGGGUAAUAAAAAACGUCAAAAUAAAAUAUAUCAAGCAAUUGCCCUCACGCAAGAAUCUGAAGUAUCGCCAACGUUUUGUUAAACAAGUCCGUGCGGAGUGCUGAACCGCACAGAUGCUUGACCUUGUGCAGGGAACCUAGAUAGCAGAGUUCCCAAAGCCAGGGCGUGGCUCGAGCAGGGAUUACACCCGAGGCAAACCAAGGCUGGCCCUUCCUGCGCCCUGCUGGACGCGCCAAGCCCUCUUUCCUAACAGAUGGGCCACCCACCCAGGCCCGUUUAGCUGGAAUAGCUGAGUCUUCUGGUUUCCCUCUUAAUAUUUAGGGGCUGGAAGUCUGUCGCAGUCGAGCAGUGUGUGCGCAGCUCCAGCGGGCGAAGAGCUCCAAGUUCAACCUUCAGCAUCAAAGAAUGGAAAUAAGAGAUAAAUUCUACCGGACUCACCCGCUUUGAAAUCUUUACCAGUGGGGCCCGUCUGUUUAUUCUUUUCUUGCUACCACUUCUGUUUUCAGAGCUCUGGAUGUAAAAGCCCAGUAAGGCCCGGUCUUUGACUGUAAGGAGGUUACAGUUCAGUGAACACAGACUGUGUUAUUUUAUUCACGUGAGUGUCUCCAGGACAUCGGCGAGAAUCCAUCUUUGUACAAUAAAUGCAUUUCAAAGUA